CGUUGUCGUUGUCGUCGUCGUCGUCGUCGUCGUUGUUGUUGUGUUCGUGGUUGUCAUCGUUGCUGUUGUCGCGAUUGCUAUCACUCGCGACACCAUCUUCAUCCUCGUCGUUGCGUCCGCGGUGUACGUCGUGGUCGUGCGCGCCGCGCGUCACUCGUCGACGCGUCAGUCCCGUCCUACCGAUCGUUCCUGUCUCGUCGACGACAGGAUUUGGUGUUCACACGCGUGGUCUCAAAAGCAACGAACAGCCACGCGCGACAUCGCACAUCGUCUAGUCGUCUAUUCAAUCGUGUGAAACAGUUCCAUCAGUGAAGAGAAAAGCAACUACGCGUCGCGCAGCAAAACUCGUGGUUGGUGAAUCGUUGAACGAGGGGCAGCUCGGCUGCUCCUCGAACGAAGCCGACCAGCAUUACGCGAAACACGGACCUGUCCGUAACGAGAACGCAGCCGAGGUCGAGGCUCGUAUCGAGUGACAGCGGUCAAUUGUCAUGGACACUGUUAUUCGAGUGGUUGUGCACAGUGAAGUUGUUACCAGCGUACACGGUCCAACGUACUCCGUGAGACGCGGCAGUUUACCCGAGUGACAGUGACGCUUGCGAAGAGCCGAGAUUCCUGUGGUCAAUCCUGGAUCGACGAGAGCUUCCUCGUCGGCUGGUCUUUCGUCAGCCGAACGAGUUGGAAUCGCUGCGAAAAGAAGGAGAGAUCGGUCUAGUAUGCGUUGACUCGUGCUGGUACUCCGAGUUUCUCGUAUCUCGUGGUGUCCACGUGGCGAGAACCACGUCCGGGAGAGAGCGAGAGUGAAAGUAAGAGAGAGAGAGAGAGAGAGAGAGAGAGAGAGAGAGAAACGGCCGAGGAGGAAGAGGAGGAGGAGGAGGAGUUCUUAGUGAAAAGGUAAUAGAACAAAUUCUAUAAGGAACGUGGUCGAUAAGAGAAAGACGCGUGUCCUGCGGUACGUCGAUGGAUCACGGAGCGAUGGAUAGCUCUUCCGACCACAGCAGCCGCGCUAGUCCCGUAACCGGCAGUCCGAAACAUCCACACAGCCCGUCGGCUCAGCAAGGUCAACAACAGCUUCACGGGUCGCAGCAUCAACCGCCGCCAUCGCAUCAACAGCCUCAUCCGCGAGACCAGAUCCGCGAGCAACAAUCGCAACAGCAACAGCACCGCGGCGUUCCCACGCCGGGAUCGCCAACGAGAGGCUCGCCACCUCAGGGACUUCCGUUGAGUCCGCCGCCUCUUUCCGCCGGAGGAGCGCCCGGUGCACCGCCAGGCAUGGUACCCCGUAUGCCAGGCCUACCGCCACCGGGUCUCGGCUUGUUGGGACAACUCGGUGGCAUGCUCAGCGGUCAUCAUGGCUCGCCGCUCGAGUUGAUGGCCGCCCAUCACGCUGUUCUACCUCCGAGAUCGUACAACAGUCCGCCGCCGAUCAGUACCAGCGAUCCCACAGCGAACGAGUGCAAACUGGUCGAUUACCGCGGUCAGAAGGUGGCCGCGUUCAUCAUCGCCGGGGACACGAUGCUCUGUCUGCCGCAGGCGUUCGAGCUCUUUCUCAAACACCUUGUCGGUGGCCUGCACACCGUCUACACGAAGCUCAAGAGGCUCGAUAUAGUGCCGUUGGUGUGCAAUGUCGAACAAGUUAGGAUUCUCCGUGGACUCGGAGCCAUCCAGCCGGGCGUCAAUCGAUGCAAGCUGCUCAGCUGCAAGGACUUCGAUAUACUCUACAGGGACUGCACCACGGCCAGCUCCAGGCCAGGAAGACCACCGAAGAGAGCUUCCGUCGGUCUGAGUCUCGCAACCAGCCACCUGGCUGCGGCGACCGGUCACCACCCCCAGCAUUCGCUCAAGAAGCACCGAAUGGACAACGGGGAUUACUACGAGAACGGCCAUUUGGACGUGCCGAGGAUGGAAAAGUCGCCACUGCUAGCAAACGGCUACAAUCACCCGCCAACGCACCUGAGUCACAUGCAGUUCAUGCAACUAGGUGGUCAUCCAGGUGCAGGGCACACUGCCAUCCUGUCGCCGGCUAGUCUGCCGCAUCACCUGCAGGCGCAGGCUCAGGCGCGCGCCGAACAGGGCCUCAAAGUCAACCCGAACAUGUCGAACAUGGAGGCGCUCGCGAGGUCCGGGACGGUUUGGGAAAACUGCCGAGCUGCCUACGAAGAUAUUGUCAAACAUCUCGAAAGGCUUCGCGAGGAAAGAGGAGACGCUGAGAGGGCACUCGCGUUGGACCAAAAACCCAGGGAUCUGAGCUCGCACAAUGGUUCCUCGAACGGUCACAGUCCCGUGCUGAACCUGUCGAAGACGGCGGGAAGCGGAAGCGUAGGCGAGCACUCCGGAAGCGAGGCAGAGGCGUCGCAUCGUUCGCAAGACGACGAGGAGGAGGACGACAAUCUGUCCGAGGACCUGGACGACGACAACGAGAAGGACGAAGAUUUGUCGGACGUGCCAGAGAACCUGCCGCUACCCGCGCCGGGAUCGGAGAGUCCUCAGGCCCUGAACUACUCGCAGAUCGCCUCCGCGGCGGUGGCAGUUUCACAGGGAGGCCAGGAUCCCUCGGUCUCGAGUACGGAGACCCUGCUCAGGAAUAUCCAGGGCCUGCUCAAGGUCGCGGCCGACAACGCGAGGCAGCAGGAGAGGCAAAUCAACUACGAGAAAGCCGAACUGAAGAUGGACGUUCUCCGAGAGAGGGAGGUGAAAGACAGCCUCGAGCGACAACUGCAAGACGAGCAGAAGGUUCGAGUGAUGUAUCAGAAGCGAUUAAAGAAAGAACGAAGAGCAAGGAAACGCUUGCAGGAGCAGCUGGACCUGGAGAUCAAGAGGCGCACGCAGCUCGAAGAGGCAUUGAAAGCAACGGGGGCUUCCCCCGAGCAAGUCAGAGCGAUCACCGAAAACGUGACGGUGGAGGCCCGCACGAGUUCAGAGCCGCCGGAAGCUAGUCCGGUGCACUCGCAGUCGCAGCAGCAGCCAUCGCAGCAACAGUCGUCCCAGCAACCCCUUCAGCAGCAGCAACAGGCCCAACAGUACAGGGAGGCCCAGGUGCCGCGUCCCUCCCAACAACCUUCCACCCCCGAGAAACCGGCAUGGGGAUACGGUUUGGACCUGAUCGGCAGCCAAGCAUCCGCCUUCUGGCAGAAUUAUCAAGAGUCGCUGGUGCAGGAACUCGAGCUGGAGAGAAAAUCGCGGCAGCAUCAGGCGGCCGAGAGGGACCAAGUGAAGUCUCCUCUUCAAGAAUCCCGAACGGGUUACUACAAGAACUCCGUUCUGUUCACGAGUGCGACCUAGAAGAGGCUGGAGGAGAGCAGAAGAGGGGCGGAGCGCGUGUCAGCGAGCAGCCAGAACGAGUGAUCGCGAUCGAUCGUGGGGAAGAGCAAGAGGGACGAGGAAAACGGCGUGGAAAACGGAGCGAGUCCAGCCUCCCGUACAAACUACUCUUCGUCUCGCAGUUUCGUGUGACUCGCGCGGCCGAGCCGAUUGAGCCGACCGAAGUGAUACCGAUCGCGAAUUGACGACUUCGUACACGCGGAGAAGAGAGUGCGCGCGUCGAGUUUCGCGAGUUUUCCGGAAGAAUCCGAACCGUUGUCACGCGGACAAAGGUCACUCGCUUGUACGAUCGAGUACAAGGUACAGGUGAGGACGAAACUUCCGCUCGGGGCUACGAUCGAAUCCACGAAGAACGCUCGGUCUGCCGAUUCGGCCCCCUCGGGACAGAGACUGAUCUCGCAGGUAGCGAUACACUGUACAAUCGCGAUCGACGAGGAGUCAGGAUGGAAACACAUAUCAAUGAAACGACGAUCGUAACGUGUAUUCGUCCCAUCGUUUCUAGAACGUUCUUUCCGGAGUCGUUGCCGCUUCGGGUCUCGCGGUACUUACCGCCGAGAGGGUAGGUCGUUCAACCAGAAACGAACCUACGUGUCUGCGCGAAUGUAUAUCACGUCGAAGACGAUGUAACCAGAGACAGUACUGACCGUAACAUUCGCGUUUCGCGAUGAAGGAACACGGCCGAGAAUAAACGAAAUAAUUAUGGUGGCGAGCGUAAAUAUACUUCGGAAUAAUACCCGUGAUUCGCCGAGUAUUCCGAAGGAGAACGAGGACGAAAGAUAUCUAGAUAGAUUUCUAAAGACUGCUUGAGAAUGCGUGCGCGUGUGCAUGCGUUCCUAGAGGUACCUAUCUCCUAAUUAUCGAGCGACUUCAAUUAGCUAAUCGUGUUAAGCUGUGCGCGGACGCGAUCGGGCGCACCGUCUCGGUUUCGAGUAUUAUUAUCGCUAUUAUUAAUAUUAUUUCACCGACGACGGUGUACCAUGAGAAGCCCUAUCGUCGAUGAGCGUGAAGGAAGAAAGAAGGGAAGGAAAAUCGUCUGAGGAUUCGCUGGCUCGCCGGUUGGCCUUCGACCGCACGUUCUCGUACGGCCAAUCGGAAAGUUGUUUUUUCCUUUUUUUUUUUUUUUUUUUUUUCUGGUCCACUCUGCCUUCUCGAACGGCAGAUCGUGCAAAUGCGACUCUUUUUAAACUUAGACACGCUAGAGCACAAUUCGCGCGCGACACCGUGUGACACGCGAGUCGAGAUUCGAGGAGUUUCGCAACGAGCCGCGAUUCGAUUAUUCUGUAACAUAUAGAGCGAGAGCAGCUGUGUGACUGUGAAAGAGAGUCAAGGGGAGGAGAGACUGCGAGAGAACGUGAUAUAGAGAACGAGAGAUGGUGAAGACGAAGCUGAAUUAGCGUUAGAACGAUAUAGAAGACGCUUCGAUCGAGAUUAGCAGAGUGGGAAGAGCACUGAUUGUGAGUGAGAGUAUAUACGUGAAUAUGUGUGUGUGUGUGUGUGUGUGUGUGUGUGUGUGAGAGAGAGAGAGCGAGAGAUAAAGAAAAAGAAUGUGUGCACGCGUGAAU